AAAAAAAAAGAAAAACAAAGCUGCUUUCAAGUAUUGAAGAUACAAGGCCAGGAUGAACACGAAGGACACAAAAGUGACUGAAGGAGGUCUCAAUGUCACGCUUACCAUACGCCUUCUCAUGCAUGGCAAGGAGGUUGGAAGCAUUAUCGGAAAGAAAGGUGAGACAGUUAAGAAGAUGAGGGAGGAGAGUGGUGCUCGAAUCAAUAUUUCAGAAGGCUCCUGUCCAGAGAGAAUUGUGACAAUAACAGGCCCAACAGACGCAAUUUUUAAAGCUUUUUCUAUGAUUGCACUAAAAUUUGAAGAGGACAUAAACGCUUCAAUGACAAACAGCACAGUGACAAGCAAACCGCCUGUAACACUGCGGCUCGUCGUCCCGGCAAGUCAGUGUGGAUCCCUUAUAGGAAAAGGAGGUUCCAAAAUCAAAGAAAUCAGGGAGUCCACAGGAGCCCAGGUGCAGGUAGCGGGGGACAUGUUGCCAAACUCCACGGAGCGUGCAGUGACUAUAUCGGGCACUCCCGACGCCAUUAUCCAGUGCGUGAAACAAAUAUGCGUGGUUAUGCUGGAGUCCCCACCCAAAGGUGCCACCAUCCCCUACCGUCCCAAACCUGCCUCUGCACCUAUCAUUUUUGCAGGUGGCCAGGUAAGAGCAGACACCAUUUUGGCUUCAGCUGGAAACCACACCGUCUUGGCCCAACCUCAGCCAGCGCCUGCAUUCACGAUUCAGGGGCAGUAUGCCAUCCCUCAUCCAGACUUGACCAAGCUUCACCAGUUGGCUAUGCAGCAUCCCCCCUUUACUCCCCUUGGGCAGACCACCCCUGGUUUCCCUGGACUGGAUGCCACUACUCCAACCAGUUCCCAUGAACUUACUAUUCCCAAUGAUUUAAUAGGCUGCAUUAUUGGCAGACAAGGCAGUAAGAUAAAUGAAAUCAGGCAGAUGUCAGGAGCGCAGAUCAAGAUUGCUAAUGCCACAGAAGGCUCCGCAGAACGACAAGUUACAAUCACAGGAUCCCCUGCAAACAUCAGCUUAGCACAGUACCUCAUUAAUGCAAGGGAUUCCCCACACAUCGAGACGAGAAUAGACCCCUUCAUUUUUAGUUGCACAAACACCAUAUGGCAUGCAUCUGGAUCUCAGAAGAUAACAAUUUAAGAUCUUCAAGACAGCUAAAGCAUGCAAAUAAAAUAAUGCACUUAUUAAUGGAGUUGCAGUGAGCUGCUCACCAGAGACAGAAACUCUAGUGAACAAACCUCUGUUUGACUUACUUUAGAAAAGCCUGUGAACUCUCACACUUCGGUUUAUUACUGUUUAACGAUCCUUUUGAUGGAAUGGGAUAUAUAUGAGGUCUUUUAACAUACUUUUGCAAAGAAGAAAACUUCUCAGCAGUCAUAUACCACGGAUACUCUAUCUAUAACCUGUGAAACCAGAGACAAAAUAUUUUCUUCCUGUUGAAUUUCUAGAUAGAAGUUAUUUGUUACCAUCAUCUACAAUAAACCAUCAUAUAUUAUUAUGUA